UCAGAGUCGAAGGGCAUGUUUACCACUUUCAUCGGCUUAAUUGAUAUUCAAUCAUGGUGGGAGGUGCCCUGCAUUGCGCACUUUUGUUCGGUGUUUAGUACCACCUUCCAGCUGCCUCGGUUUGACAUUGAGGAUCUUGAAGAGGCCCUUCUAACAGAUGCCGAUGCCGAAGGUGAAGUAGAUUUGAAAGUAUAUACCGCGCGUUUGUUGCCGGAACUGAUCGUCGCACUGUUGAAGGGCUGUGACUCGCUUGCACAGAUAGGUGCGCACAUCAGCCCAAGUAACUAUCAGAUGUUCCUGAGACGUCUGUUUCGUCAAAAAUGUCAGGAAUAUAAUGUGGAUAAUCCCUUCAAUGCCGAUACGGACUUUGAAAAGUUGCCGCUACGAACCAAGAUCCUGAUAUUGAAGUACCUAUGCGAUUUUCGCCUAGAUUCCGAAGACGUCAAUACUACAUUUGCGAACUACGAAGCAGAUAGUUUGCGCCUGGAACCGAUAGGCUACGAUCGUAACGGAUCUUCGUAUUGGCACUUUUUUGGCACACGUUUGUAUCGAGAAGAUAAACCUAAAUCGGUGAAAUCUUCUGUCUGGCAGGUGAUUUGCUUUACCGAAGAAGAUUGGCGAAACCUAGCGAACAAGCUCGACAAUUCCAGCAACGCAAAGGAGCGCAACCUGCACGAUCUGUUGGUGGAAAACUUUCUGCCUUACAUUCCGAAAUUAUUUCACGAUAAAGAAAGAGAACGUCGAAAUAGGCUUUUCGAGAGGCCCAGAUCGGCUCGGAUAAAGCUGUUGCAGGAGGGAAAAAAUUUGCGCCUGCAGGAGCAACAACAGCAAAAAAAACAGCAGAAAGAGGAAGAGAUUAACCGGAAGAGGCCAGUACAGUCGGAAGAGGUGCGACAAAAGACACUCGCACCAGCGCCGGGAAGAGCCCAAUUGGUGCCAGAAGCACGUGCGAAACGAGCCGAACGACGAUCUCGAUCCAAUUCCGUCACAAGUAUAGUUUCGCCAUACGAUAGCUCCCCAGACGAGGCAUCCCUUCUCACGCGUGAUUUUAUUUUUCAGCCAGAAGAAAACGCAUUCCGUAACAAAGCAAAUAGCCCAUACCUUUAUCGCAGCACCACUAAUUUGAGAGAUUCUACUUCUUCAUCAGUAGUAGGUUCACUGUACUAUUGCGGUAACGACGAACCUAAAGCUACUACGAGCCCAAUACGCAGUGCGUCGGUCGUGUCAUCAACACGAUCAACUUCGGUUUCAUCUCGUGAUCGAAGUAACUUUGGUUGCAAUAGUAGCUACGGUCGAUCGGAGGACAGUGAAAGCCAGUACGAUACCAAACCUGCGGUCUACAACGAUUCGUAUUACAUUGUUAGCCAGCGAGAGGACAGCGAAAGCCUCCACAGCUUCAGCGAUAUAGAAGCGGAAAACAACAUCAAUAGUGGCAACACAGAUACGAACAACAAACAGCAGCUGGUGGAGUCGUCGGAAUCAUCCUCCAUCAACAAACCAUUGUGUCAGCAGCAGCAAACGAAAGCGGAACGGAAAGAUCGUCCCGUCCGAUUAGUCAGUGCUGAAGUGGAGAAAUUGCUGCGCUCGAAUCACAACAUGGCGCCGACAGCAACCAAACUGCCUGGCCGUCAAACGAACAAUUCAUUAUCCUCUGUUACCGGGCCCGUCAUAUUGCCGUUCGGCGAUGCAGCGGCAAAAGGCACAGCAAGUAACAGCGGCAAGGGUAAUGAUGCUGCAGCGGGUACAAACCAGGGCCGGAAAAAGAAGGGCAAGUCUACGAAUGUUAUAACAACCGCCGCUACCUACACCAACACUAGUUACACCAAAACUGGCUGUUCCGCUUCCUCAAUUUUCGUAUCAUCAUCUCUUAGCUUUACCGAAACCGAUGAGGUUCUGCAAAUUGGUAUGCACAAGGUGCUGGAAAGCAUCAAGAAUCACGACGAUGCCUGGCCAUUCAUGGAUCCGGUCGAUGAGGACAUUGCACCGAAGUAUUACUCGAUCAUUCGAAGGCCCAUGGAUUUACAAAAGAUGGAAGAAAAACUAGACAAUGGAGAAUACAUGAUCUUUAGCGAUUUCCAAAACGAUUUCAAAUUGAUCGUCAACAAUUGUCGGCUGUACAAUGGGCAAGCAAAUGAAUACACGGAAAUGGUGAACAACUUGCAGAUUGCAUUUGAACGUGCCAGAAAGAAAUAUUUCGACGAAAACUCAUCGGACGAAGAACUCAUGAACCACGAGUAUCCAGAUGUUAGCCGAGCGAAUGCCGCGUUUAAAGAAAAGUUUUCCUCAAAGGAAUGUAGCAAACCACUAUCCUCAGACGCGGUGAAUGGAAAGAGUGAACGGCAGCACAGCAAACCUUCGAAGGAAACGGGCAAAGCACCAGACUACAGAAAAGAAAAGUCAAAGAAAAGUGCUAAUAGUUCCGGCGGCAAUGGCAAUAAUAGUUUAAGUGUAAUGUCCAACACCGGCACCAAUGCAAACUCCAAAGAAAGUGUUGAUGCAUCGUUCCGCGGGAAUGACAAACCGUGCAAAGAAUCUAAAACGAAAUCAGUGAAAAGUGGUACGACGGCUGUGGCGGAAAAAAAGGGUGGAAAAAAUGUGUCAGGGUAUAAGAAGCAUCCGACAACGGUCGGGGCUGGGUCGAAGAAACAUAAAACAAACAAACAACAAGAAGUGGAUUCGGAACCGGAACCAGAUCCGGAACCGCCGGAAAAGGAUAAAAGCGCAUCGCGAGUGUACAAAACUGUAAAACGUAAGCGAAAAGAAAAAGAGAAAACUGAUAAAGUAAAAAGCAAAAAACAAAAAACAGAAGAAGGUGAUUACAGUGAUAUAGAAGUGCCGGAGGAUGAGGAAAAUAUGGACGAUAAAAGUGAAGACGACCGAGAGUGUAGUGAGCCGGAACGGAAACGUCACAAGAAGGAUCAAGGGAUGGAGCCUACGGAACAUGUGAAAAAAUUGCAGGGGCACGCUGAUACCCUCAUGAAGGGGGACAGUAAAGUGGUGGAAGAUGUGAAAGAAGAAGAGGACUUUCCAGUGUAUGAGAGUAAGAAGAAGGCCGCUGUUAAGGCAUUGCAGGAAAAGGAGAAAAAGAAAAACAGUGCUAAAGUGAAGAAGGAAGAAAAGAAAAUUAACAAAAUACCGAAAGGAGCUAAAGGGAAGGAAGUGAAACGUGAAACGUUUUCCCCAAUACGAGGGCGAUCGAUGUCGCGGUCACCCAGUCCAUCUCCGGUGUAUUCAUCGCCCAAGAAACAGUCACCCGUUCGGUCACUGAGUCCAAAGAAAAGGGAAAGCGCACGUGAUCUAUCUUCCGAUGCCGGGGAUCACCAUUCGGUGCAAGGUAAAACUGGGUCCAAAAAGGGGAAAGCGAAAACCGGAACCGAAAGCAAUGACGGCCAUCAAAAGCAGCACAAGAAAGGAAUAAGCAUCACGAAAGCGGGAUCUGGCAUCGCAGUGGCCAAAUUAGAUAAGAAGACAAAAAAAUCGGGCACUCUUUCGUCGACGAAGGGGAAAGGGCGACAAAAGAAGGCGGGAAGUAGUAAACAGAAAACAGUAGCAGAGCUGGAGGAAGAGUCAGAGUACGAAGAAGUUGUGGAUGAUCGGCGAGAUUCGCCACAAAUUCACACCAAUGGCGAACGCAUCGAUGCGACUGACAUGAGUGACUUUGAAGACAUUGAAGAUUUACGCGUGAAGGCACAUGAUACCAGUGUUGAAGAGUCGGCAACAAACAAAUCAUCGGAUAAAACAAAAAGCAAGAAAAACAAAACGAGCAAGAAAAACGUCGGAAAAUCAAGUGCUAAUGAACAUCACCGUGGUAAAAAGAGUGGCAGUAAAAGCAAGGUAAAGGGAAAGGAAAAAAAGUUGGACAAAAAAUCCCACAAACGCGAUAAAAUCGGCAAGGUUAAGAAAAAGUCUAAAGCUUCCAAUAAUGAACGUACAGUUGGUGAAGAUCGGGAAACAUUGUCGAGUGUCGGUGAGGAUGAAGACGGGGUGGAUUAUGAUCAGGAAAUGGAAGAGUUCGCGAAUGUAGAAAAAAGUGCCUCUAAACCCGUAAAGCAAUCGAAGGAUUUGCGUUACGCUGCACAGCGAUCGAUGUCACGGUCCCCAAGCCCAGCAAGAUCGUACUACUCCGACGAUCGCUCGAUCCGGAAUAGUGAUGAAGAGGAUGAUGAUGCUCACAAUGAACGAAGCUCAUCGUCGCACAAGCAAACCGAUGAUUCAUUUUCAGCCAACCGGUCGAUCACACCUGACAUAAAGGAUAAGUUUGAUCUCAUCAAAGAACGCCGUAACAGGGCAGCGGCAGCGGCUGCAGCAGCGGCAGAAAGUAAAGCAAUGGCCAAACAGGCCAAAGCUAAAGGAAAAGAAGUCACGACUACUGCAGGCCUUGGGAAGAAAGGAAAAUCUUCCAAGGGUAGCAGCAACCGGGGUCAAAAGCAACAACGUGAUGUAGUAGACGAAAAUACCGUUCUCAGUGCAAGUGCCUCUUCGUCCAGCGGUAACAAACAACAGCAAAAACAGUACGGUGAUGAAGAUGAAAUAGCUUCCAGUGAGAACAAAUCAACAAAAACUGGUGGUGGUGGUGGUGCCACGUCGAAAGGGAAGAAAAAUCGAGAUAAAACAAUGAGUAACAGUAGCGAGUCGGCGACUGUUUGGGCCAAACCGGGUGACAAGAAACAUGCUCGCCCGAGUUCAUCAGCUGACAGCGCGAAAUUUGUCGACCGAAGUAACGAGUAUGAUUUUGUGGACGAUAGCUUAACGGCGGACUCAAAGGUGAAUAAGAAUCAUGCCAAAUCUUCCCCUGCUAGUGGUAAUGCAUCCAAAACGGGAAAGAAAUCGACGGCAGCUGUGGGAUUUACCGGACAAACGGGAACGGCCUCUCAGAAACAUCCAAAAUCCAAUGCGAAAGGUAUGCCACAAACUUCUGGUAGACACUCGAAAACGGCAGCAAGUUCGGCUGUAAGUGGUGCAGGUGCAGCUAGCGCAAACAUGGAGGAGUUGGAGUUAGAAACAGAACAAACACUGAAAGACAUAAACAAGUGGCUAGAAAAUACACCACGUUUUCCCGAGUACAGUUCGGCUAGCAACUCCCCAUCGCGGUACAUCAUGGACGAUUUCGACACGGUGCCGGUGAAGAUCGAACCGGCUGAUUUCCGUAAACCGAUUCCACUUUCCCAACUGCCUGCCGCAAACGAUGCUUCUGCCGGUCCGUUACGAGGGGCCAGUCCAGGGGUGGCGACGACAGCAGCUCCUCCGAAGGCAUUUUCACCUCGAGCAGCCGCCAAUGCAAAGGAUUCACAAUCUACUUCAUCGACGGCUGGGAAACAAACGGGUACGAGGUUGCCAUCACAAUCGAAAGAUGGCGCUAAUAAGAGUGAAUCAGGGACGGUUGGAUCUGAGUCCAUCGCCGUUGCUACCGCAUUGAAAGACUCUACCAACAGUAACAACGGUGGAUUGAGCGGUGGAGUUGGUUCUGCUGCGGUUGCUGCCAAAGCUGCAGGCUCUACAAGUCACACUAUUUUGGGUCCACCGCCGAUCAUACCACCGCACUCACAGAAAAAGGAACCCAAAGAACCUAAGCGAAAAUCUUUAAAGGAAAAGUUAUCCCUUGGGCUUGGGGUGGGUGGACGCAAGCGUGAAAUACAUCACCACCGCACGACAAUAGAUCGAUUACAGCCGGGUAAAACCAAGGGUAACCUCAUAGGAACGAUUCAGAAUCUCAACAAACCGGAUGAAUUGUUCCCGCUUGGUGGUAGUAGUGGAGCUGGUGGUAGCAGUGGUGCUGGCAGCAAUCCACUCAACAAGGUAAAGGAAGUGAAGAAUUCGUUGAUCGUGAAGACGGACGAAUCGAAACCGAAGCUUAGCCUCGGUACGGUGUUGAACACGGAAGGGUUUGGCAUCGUGCAACAGCACAACUUUGCCGACGACGAUGACGAUCCGGAACGACGAUCGUUAGGAUCUAAAGAAGACGGAGGCGAUGAGGAUGAUCCGAUCGUUACGAUCGGUAGCGGAGCAGUAAAGCCUUUAAUGAGUUCGCUGAAGACUGUCACACUGGUCAAUGUCGGAGGAGGUUCGCCACCUGGUGUCCGGGAAGGAGGAUCUGGUUCAAAGAAGGAAGAACCUUCCAUUUCAACGGUAACAGGUGAGAAACCAGAAGUUAGCAGCGAUCUUAUUACUGCAGAGGCAAAAAGCUCUACGUCUUCAGUUGUGGAGAAAACGUUCUCCCAAGAGGAUGCAAAAUCGGGAAAAGAGGAAGCAAAUGUGAAGGAUACGCAAAGUAACAAAAACAAGGACAAGCCAUCUGCAACACCUAACCUUAACGCUUGGAUUAAGGCGUUUGGUGCGCCGAAAAAACCGAAGAAACCCGAUGAUAUGGAAGAACCGAGUAAAGAUUCACCUAUAUGCGAUAAAAGCAAAAUCAACGAGAACACCUCCACGCAAUCAUCCUCGAACGAAUCCUCGUCCGGCAUUGGGAGUCUUCCGACUGUACCCGGUAGCCUCGAAAGUCCUAGCUACCCAACACUUCCGACAGUGCCUCGGCAAAGAAAAGCGAGCACAGGUAGCACUGUGAGCGAACGGUCAUCAUACAGCCAAGAUCCGGACAGUCCGCGCAUUGGUAUCGAUGAGCGGCUCGGAACGUAUCCCGCACCAUACCCAAGCCCGAUCGGUGCGUCACCGAUCAUGACGUCACCAAAGCUGGACGAAACGCAGAAGAGUCCCUAUCAUCCACUAAACGGCGCGAUCAAGGUUGGUUUCUAUCAGGACACCACCCAGAAGAGCAGUCCAGAGAAGAGUUGCAGUCCGCGUGAUCUUCCAUCGCCGUAUCCUCAGUACUCGCAGCACCUUUACACAUCCAACGCAGCCAACGCUUCUGGCAGUACGACUGGUACAAACAAUAACAUUGGUGGUAACACCGCGGUAUACGGCAACUACUCAUCAUAUGGUGGUACAACCUCCGCUAUCGGUUCCACGGGCUCAAGCAUUAACCAGAAUAAUCCGACCACCGGUAGUGUGACGGAUAGUUUUAAAGGUUACGGAAAGGAGCUUAAAUCACCGGUUGAUUUCUACGAUCAGUACAAACAGCCGGCUUCGCAGGAAUCGGACUACAACUCUUCUAUGAGCCCCAGUACAAAUCCUAAUUCUCCCUAUCACAACCCGGCGUCGUCACCCUACCAGCAGCAACCGAACUCUCCUUCUUGUUAUCAACAGCAAACGGCGGCUUCUUCUUCCCCCUACGGACACCAGCCUCCAUCGCUUGCUUCACCCGCCUCUUCAGGCGGUCCACUAUCACCAUACAAUGCACCAGCCGUUCCACACAGUCCGGCCACGAGUCAAACUACGCCCGGAAGUGUCAGUGGUCACUCGCCGUAUAAUCCCAACCAGGGACAGUCGCCUUAUCACAGUAAUCAGGCUCCUUCAGCCUCAACGUCACCAUCCGCCGGGACCACGGUGGGAUCUGCCGGUCAACCUAAACUGCAGUCCAAACCAAAUACACCGUUACACCAAAGCCCCAACUCACCGUUUUCACAAUCAAACCAAAGUUCGCCCUAUUCUCAGCAAGAUCCCAACUCACCAUAUUCUUCCCAAGGUGGUCAACUGUCGCCUUUUCAACCGAUGUCCCCUAAACCGCAGCAGGCUUCGUCCGCUGUAAGCAGCGGCAAUAACAGCAACAGUAACAACAGCAAUCCAGUUAAGCUGGCACCACCAAUUAUAACACCUCAGCAAGCAGCAGCUGCGGCUGGUGUGAUUCUUCCACCCGAGUCUCCUGCCCACUCCCAAGCACAAGCGACACCGCCGACUGGAGUAAACCAGGCACAAAACCUGACCGGAGGAAAUGGCACCGGGAACGGUGGCAAUAAUCAACCUUCAAGUACAGCUGGAGCAACAAUUCCAUCAGCACCAAUGCAGCUUAAUUCACACCAGUCGCCCUGGAGUGCUCAUCAUAAUCAGUACAAUCCGUAUUUGAAUCAUCCGGGUGAUACGGCUGGAGGAGCUGGAAGCAUGACCUCCUCAUUGCCACCAGCUCCGGCACACAUGCCACCAUCGCAGCAGGGGCACCUAAGCAAUGUGCACACGCAUCCAUCGCCAGCCCAUACACAACACCAGCAACAUCAACAGCAACACCAACAGCAGCAUCAACUGCAACAUCAGCAGCAACACCAGCAAGAACAUCAUCAACAACAUCAACAAAAUCAUCAGCAGGCCCACGGGCAUCAUCUUGCAACGGCACAGCAGCAACAACAAAGUCACCUCGGCAACCUGUUGAUGGGAUCCAACAAUAAUCCAUACACUUCCACUUAUGGACGAUCACCAUACGACCUUAAUUCUGCGUCAGCUUCGACGACGUCAGCAGCGGCAGGAUCGGGAACAACAACGGCAUCGAAUAUCGAUCAUCAUCAUGCGCAACAUCAUUCACAGCACCUGCACCAUCAGCAACAGCACCAUACCACUCAGCAUCAUCAACCACAACAGCAUCAUCCUAGUUUAAGCGGGCUCAGCAACAAGAACAGCCCUAGCACGGCCUCUAUCACCAACUCUUCAAAAGUACCUGAAAUGAUAAAUCUAGGCUAUAGCGAACCAGAAACCAAUAGUACCAAAACAUCGCAAGACGUUCCGAUGAACAUGGAAUCCUCGGGAAGUAUGGCCGGCGGUCUUGGUAAGGAGAAAAGUGACGGUACUAAAGACAACAAACACUUGCAACAGCAGCAACAGCACCAAACAUUCGAUCACCACAUGGGUGGUAUGGGUUAUGGGAACCCGAUGGAUAUAUCCAUUAGCAAAUCGAAAGCUUUCGACAUGUUUAAUCGCGCAGCGACGAUGGCUUUCCCGCGUGGGUUUAGCGCUCCGGCCUUGCAUCAGUCAACCUCGAUAGGCAACUCGAGCAGUACGGCGAACAACGCUGCUAGCGGUUAUGAUCAUCGCUCAAUGCAACAAGCGGCCAACAUAAAUAAGGCACACGAUAUGAGCGGAGGUGGAACGGCGUCAAGUGGGUCCUCGACAACACCCGGCUACAAUAUGCAACAGCAAUCCACGGGUGGGAAGUCAGCCUCAGGGAAUCAACACCCAGCGGCAGAUCAACCACAUCUCCCGCGGUACGAUCAGCGCAGUCCGCAACAUUUGCAGCAGCACCAACAACAACAUGGUGGCGGACCUUCCGUUUCUGGGUCCACAUCGCAAGCAAACAACACGGCGGAUCUCAGCAGCACCGGCGGAGGUUACAAGCCGUACGGUACGUCGACAACUUCGACCACUCCCACGUCGCUGAUGGAUCCAGCAAUACGUAAUCUCAGCUCCCUAUCGUCGCUUUACAAUACGGACGAUCGUCUACUCGGUGGUCCGGGUGCAAGCGGCACCAGUUCCGGAAGCUCUGGCGCCGGAUAUUACGACAAAGGUAUGCCACCGGCUGCGCACAUGUUUAGCAAAAACCUGCCCCAACCACCUCCAGUGUCAUCGUCGGCAUCCACAACGUCGUCGGCCGCUGCGUUGCAACAGAUGUUUAACAACACCAUGGCGGCCACUUCGAUGGCCGCUUACAAUGCAAACCGCGAGCAGCCGAAUGCUGCAUCCUACGUGCCAUCACCGAAUUAUCAUCAUCCGCAGCAACAUCAUCAGCGCAAUGAUAUGAUGAGUGCGAGCAGCAUUCAAUCGCAAAAAAUGUCACAUAAUGCCAAUGUGCCGCCGACGACGGGCAGUGGUGCUUCCGUCAGUGAACCAGCGCCUGCACCGGCGAAACCAAAGCGAACGAGAAAAAAGAAAGACCAAACUCAGGAACUAAUGGCUCAACAGCAGCAGCAGCAGCAACACCAGCAAUCGCUACAUCAACAUGCAAUGCAUGCCGCACAUCAGCAACAAACGCUCAGUGCUCACCAAGGUUUUCCACCCUACCCUGGACUGAAACCGCCCAACCCAUCCACGUCUGCAGGUGGUCCAACCGGAAUGGGAUCGUCGUCUGCCGCUCCCGGUGCAGUUGGAAAUCCGUCGAGCAGUGGCGCAGAAACGUCCGCGAUAUCUCUCAAAACGGCCAACAUAGUGCCCGGUAGUGCAUUUAACUUUGGUCCCGGUCCAACCGGACUCGGUUUACCCCCGGGCAGCCUGUACGGAGAUACCUCUGGUAGCACGUACCUGGAAGAUUCGUAUCGCAACCCCCAGAACCCAUACUACCUACCACCGAGCCAUCGUGGAACAGCACCAACAGGUUCUGCUGGUACCGGUACGGAAGCGGAUAAGUUGGGCAACCCAAUCGGUGCUCAACCGACGGCCCCGGGUUCAGUGGCUGCUGCCGCCGCCGUUGCAGCUGCUUCGGCUGCGGCCGUGCAUGGUCCACCGCCACCGACCGCUGCGUCCCCGUAUCAUCAGUUCUUGGCUUCGCAUCAUGGCACGCGUCCGUAUCAGUUCAUGAACCAGUUUGAUCCACUCCAUCAACAGUACCUGCGACAGGAAGAGCUACGGGCUCAGAUGAUGAUCAACCAGGGUCUUCUUGCGGCACCACCCGGUGGAGCUCCCGUUGCGUAUGGACAGCCGGGCUAUCAUCAUCCUGCGAUCGGCAUGCACAAGCCUUACGACGCGAUGAACAGCAUGAACCGAUCGCCAUUCCUAUAA